AUGGACAGAUUUGUAAUUAGAGUACCAAACUCCAAGGAUUCCCAGAAUACUAUUGACAAUUUUAAGCAAGUGUCCACAGAAAAUAAUGUUGUGACAUCCAAGUCAGAUUUACAACCGCCGAAAAAAAAAAAAAAAAUGGUAAUUGAAUCUCAAAUAAAAACUAAGAAGAAUACAUCUUUUGACAUGGAAGUGCCAUCAAGUGAUUUUGAUAACAAUCCAGAAGUGCCUCAGAUAAAUAUAACACAAAUGACCAAUAAUGAUUCAGAAAUUGUUAAAAUUUUAUGGCCUUCAGAUUGGUCUGCUGAACAAUGGGCAGAAAAAAAACAAAAAUAUACUUGGCUUUAUUGUCAAAAUGGACUUUUGGGGUGUACAACUUGUUCUGAAGUUAGUAAUUUUAAAACAUUUAAGAGUCAAGAUUUUGAAAUUUCCAAAGAAUGGUCAUCGUGUCAAAUUAAUGGUGGUAAUAGCAUUAAAAAAGAAACAAGACUUGCUAGCCUUCGGAAUAAAAUAAAAAGACAUACUUCAUCCAAAGCGCAUAAGACAGCUUUUCAUUUUAUAAUGCAGAAAGAAGAAAAUGUUCUUUCUAAACAAUUUGAAAAAUCGAAAAUUGUUACUAAUAUUAUUGAGACUGGAGCCAAAUUAUCAGUUUUAAUUGAUGAAUCUACUACCGUUAGUGCAGUUUGUGGUAUGGUUGUUUUUAUUAAAGCUUCCAUUUCUUGUGAUGAUCCUAUUUUUAUUUUCUUAGACCUUGUUGAGCUUGUUAGUCAAACAGCUGAAAACAUUGUGAAUCAACUUAUUGAGUGUUUAAAAGAGUCUGGUUUUAAUGAUCAUUACUUAAUAAAUAACUGGAUAUCAUUUGUAAGCGAUGGUGCUAGCGUAUUGUUAGGGAAAAAAAACGGUGUAGCGAAACGUUUACAAGAAAGAUAUCCAUUAAUUUUCAGUUUACACUGUAUGAAUCAUAGAUUAGAGCUGGCAGUAGGCGAUUCAGUUAAAGAUGUUAAUGCUGUUGGACGUGUAUUGGACGUCCGCUGGGUGGCUAGUAGCUUAAGAGCAGUUAAAGUUGUAUGGAAAAUGUUUGAAGCUUUAUGUAACCAUUUUUCAAGUGCAUCGUCUGACAUAAAUAGGGAUGGUAAAACAAGAGCCAAAUACAGUGGACUAAGAAAAAGGCUAGCUAGUCCUGAAUUUCUAUUAGAUCUUGGUUUAAUGUGUGAUUGUCUUAAUGAAUUAUCCGUCUUGUCAAACAUACUCCAGAAGCGUUCUGUAACUUUAAUUCAAGCUCAACAACAUAUAAAUAGGAGUGUAAGAGUUUUGGUUUCAUUUAAAGAAUUAAAAGGUGAAUACAUGACUAAAGCAACAGUCGCAGUAAAUGACAUGUCUUUUAAAAAUAUUAAAUUAGAAAAGAACUCUAAAUUAGUUAACAUCAAUCAUAAUCAAUUUCUUACCAGUCUUGUUGAUAACUUAAAAUCUAGGCUCUUGGAUAAAGAACAAGAUAUUUCAGUAAUUCAGGAUAUGCAAAUCAUGGAUACAACAGAGUGGCCGGAUGACUACAACAUACGUUAUGGCGAAGAUAAAAUUAACCGAUUAUGCAAACGUUUUCAACUUAAUAAGAAUGAUGCUAUUAAUGCAGAGUGCGAACGAGGGUUUAGUUUGAUGAACAAUAUAUGCACAAAGUUACGUUCUAGGCUAACUAUUCAACAUAUGGUCAGUCUUAUGUUUAUUAAUAUCAAUGGACCCCCACUAGAACAAUGGGAACCAGAAACUUAUGUCAGUAGUUGGUUGGAAUUUUUAAAUAUACCCAGACCAUCUGUUUAA